AUGAGGAAGGCCUUGGGGAGCAACACCGGAACAAAACACAGAGAGGAGCCGGCUGGACGGGAGUGGGGAGCUCCUGGUGAACCUCCUGCCUCACCCACUGAAGGAGACGAUCUGUGUGAUAUUGAUGUCACUGACGUGGCCGUAGACAGUGUGACACUGCUCAUCUGCCUGUGUGGGCUGGCCGGGAAUGGGGCUGUCCUCUGCCUUCUCCAAAGGAACCCCACCACCUGUUACAUCACCAACCUGGCCUUCGCCAACUUCUCCUUCCUCCACUUCGCCGUCCCCUCCACCCUGCUCUACCUGCUGGAGGAAUUGUCCUGCUCCACAGUCGUGCCCCUGGUGUUCCUCAGGGCGCUUUUCCCACUCCUGCUCUUCUCCUACAACCUGGGGCUGUACCUGCUGACAGCCAUCAGCAUCGAGAGGUGCACAUCCAUCCUCUGUCCACUCUGGUACCGCUGCCGCCGUCCCCAGCGCCUCUCAUGGGUGGUGUGUGCCCUGCUCUGGGCCCUCUCCAUCGCUGUCAUUGUCACCAUGACUGCCCUGUGCCACUCACAGGACCACGAGCACUGCCAGGUGUCUCUCAUCACCCUGUAUGCCCUCAACCUCUUCCUCUUUGCCCCAGCCAUGGUCAUUUCCAGCUCAAUUCUCUUCAUUAAGGUCAAGUGUAUCUCCCAGCAGCAGCAGCAGCCCAAGAGACUCAACACUGUUAUUUUCCUCGUUGUGCUCUUCUUCCUCCUCUUUGCUCUCCCUCUCAGCCUCUCCAAUUUCCUGCAGCAGCUAGGUUACAUCGCUGUGCCCUCCCAGGUGGUUUUCCUGCUCACCUGCAUCCACAGCACCAUCAACCCCUUCAUCUACUUCUUGGUGGGGAGGUGCAGGAGGCCCUGCUCCAUGGGAUCCCUCCGGCUCUCCCUCCAGAGGGUCUUUGAGGAGCCAGAAGAAAACACUGCCCACAGUGAUGAUCCUGCCAUGGACACAGCCUUUCCAGCCUGUUGA